GUGGCGGUGAGCGGCUGCCGAGGCCCGCGGGGCUGGAGCGGGCGCGCCCAGAGGUCCCUGGGGGUCCGGGACUUCCAGGCCUCCGGCCAUGCAGCAUCUAGCCCCGUCCCUGCUGGACCACUCCAGGCCUGACCAGGAGCCCCUGCGGGUCCUCUCCAGCCUCACCUGGGACAUCUGAGCUCGCGUCCCUGACCCUGGGCAUCGCUGGCAGCCCCCGAAGAGCCGUCUUCAGGUCGGGUUGGCUGCCCACAUCGGUGAGGGCUGGCCCUGGACUGCGCCAUCCAAGUCAGCCUGCCUGGGGCGCUCAGAGGUGACUUCCAGGCAGCUCACCGCCCACAGCCACCCGGAGCCUGAAUGCAGAAUGCUCAAGGGGCAACUUCCAAACACAGACAAAGACCUGGCCUCCUGCCCAAGGUCCCCACCCACUGACGACUGUCCCGGCCCCGAGAAGAGCCCAGUGGUCUCUCUGGACAUUCCAGCAAAAAUCAGCAAUGAAGACCCACAGGCUAAGACAAAACUCUUUACCCCAAAGCCACCCACGAAGCCCAGGCUGGAGCGGGCACUGUCCCUGGAUGAGAAGGGCUGGAGGAGGCGGCGUUUCCGAAACAGCCAGGAGGACCUGCGCUCCCAGGAUGGGGCCAGCCCCUCCAGGGGCUCCUUGCAGGACGAGGUCCCCGCGCCCCCCGUCCACACUUGCUUCCCGCCCUGCCUGAGCACCUCCUUGCAGGAAAUCCCCACGACCCACAGGCCUCCACGCGGCUCAGGCGGGAGCCCCUCCUCGUGGGGUAACUGUGUCUCCGGGAUGAUGGGCACCUCCCUGGACCUCCUGCACCGGGAGAGGCCUUCAGCUGGGAGCAGCCCCAGGCUGGCCAGCGGGCUUCCCUCACGCCCACUGCCCGCCAUGGACUGGAACGUUGCCUCUGACUCCCUGCGGACGGCAAACAAGGUGGACGCAGAUCACGCCGACUACAAGCUCCGUUUGCAGACCAAGCUGUUCCGGGCCCACAGCAGCCUGGGCCCCGGCCGGCCCCCGAGCCCCCUGGCCUGUGACAGCUGCUCCCUGCGCUCAGCCAAAUCCUCCUUCAGCCUCCUGGCCCCCAUCCGCACCAAGGACGUCCGGAGCAGGAGCUACCUGGAGGGGAGUCUCCUGGCCAGCGGGGCCCUGAUGGGGGCAGACGAGCUGGCCCGGUACUUCCCGGACCGGAACGUGGCCCUCUUUGUGGCCACCUGGAACAUGCAGGGCCAGAAGGAGCUGCCCGCCAACCUGGACGAGCUCCUGCUGCCCGCCGAGGCCGACUACGCCCAGGACCUGUACGUCGUCGGGGUCCAGGAGGGCUGCUCCGACAGGCGGGAGUGGGAGGCCCGCCUGCAGGAGACGCUGGGCCCGCACUACGUCAUGCUGCAGUCCGCGGCCCACGGGGCGCUGCACAUCUCCGUGCUCAUCCGCCGCGACCUCAUCUGGUUCUGCUCAGAGGUGGAGAUCUCCACGGUGACCACGCGCAUCGUGUCCCAAAUCAAGACCAAGGGGGCCCUGGGGAUCAGCUUCACCUUCUUCGGCACCUCCCUCCUCUUCAUCACGUCCCACUUCACCUCUGGAGACGGGAAGGUCAACGAGAGGCUGCUGGACUACAGCAAGACCAUCCAAGGCCUCGCCCUGCCCAAGAACGUGCCAGACACCUGCCCCUACCGCUCCGACUCGGCCGACGUCACCACCCGCUUCGACGGGGUGUUCUGGUUUGGGGACUUCAACUUCCGGCUGAGCGGGGGGCGUGUCUCCGUGGAGGCCAUCCUGAGGCAGGACGGGGAGGCCAGCGUGCCCGCUCUGCUGCGGCUGGAUCAGCUCUCCCGGGAGAUGGAGAGAGGGUCCGUCUUCAGGGGCUUCCAGGAGCCAGACAUCCACUUCCUGCCGUCGUACAAGUUCGACAUCGGGAAGGACUCCUACGACACCUCGUCCAAGCAGAGGACCCCGUCCUACACGGACCGGGUUGUGUACCGGAGCCGCCACAAGGAGGACAUCUGUCCACUCAAGUACUCCUCCUGUCCGGGGAUCAAGACCUCUGACCACCGCCCCGUGUACGGCCUGUUCCGGCUGAGAGUGAGGCCCGGCAGAGACAACAUCCCCCUGGCUGCUGGCAAGUUCGACCGCGAGCUGUACUUAGUAGGGAUUAAAAGACGCAUUUCCAAAGAGAUCCAGAGGCAGCAGGCCCUGAAGACGCAGCACUCCAGCGCCAUCUGCACCGUCUCCUGAGCAGGCUGCCCGAGGGCUGUGACCUAGCGCCUGAAGCCCCAGAAGGGACGGGGGCUGCUGUCUGAGACCGCUCAGCCUUCGGGGACGCUGAUGACCUGCUGCUAGAGGCUGUCCCACCUUAGCAAGAACGUGACGGGCCUGUGGACUGCAGGGCGGCUGGCCCUCACUCCUGGACCUGAACCAGCCGCUUACUGACACGUUCUCCCUGCAGACACCCCAGCUUCCCUUAGCAGGCAGGGCUUGGGCCCGACGCCGCCUCGCCACAUCCGUCACCAUCCCUGGGACUCACACCUCUCAAGUCAGCGGCCACUCCAGCGUCCAGGUCUCCGUCCUCCAGCCCUCCCUCAUCUGAGCACAGUUGACCUGGCACCGGAGAGGCUGCUCAGUGGGGUGACCUGGGGCCCCGGAUGCCAUGCACGUGCUGGGACCAAGCUGAGGCGGUCACCUGCGGAAGCCAAUGUCCAGGGAGCUACCUCAGUCCCUGCUGCUGGGCUGGAAUGAAGGGGAUGUGACCGAUGUUUCAGGGCUGGCCGAGCCCUCCUACCGUGAUGCCACCUCCCCGUCCUCGGCUAGGAUUUCAGACCAUUUGCUCACGCACCCAGCGUCCCCAUGACUGGUGUCCACAUCAGCCAGUGACUGCUGGGAGCUUAGGAGGCACCACCCACCACCUCGGCUGGCACAGCCCAGGCUGAACUUCUUGCUCAAGGUGUUCAGAGACCAUUCUUUCUUUCUGUCUAAUUCCAUCUCUUGAGACAAGCUUAGGCUUUGAAUGUGGGGAAACCUAGGGGUAUACAAUUAUUUAUUUUUCCAUAUUUAUAUUUUUAAAUAAAUGCACAUA